AAAAGUUGUGCUUACCUCAUUUCAGUAACGCUGGCGGCAUCUGAAAACCAUAUAUUGUCUUGCAGCGUGUAAAUGACAUCCUACAAGACUGCAUCUGCGUCUCAUACAGCUAGAACAAUAGCAGCUCAGAGGAACACACAUAAAUCCUACAGAAACCAAAAACUGCUAAACAUGUCUAUAAUGCUGUCUUCUCCGAGUGAGAUGUCCUGCAACAAAAUUGAACCUGUAGCAAAUGAAGAGAGUGAUACAAAUGUCAUACUCCAGUCAGAUGGUGAUAAAUCCAGUAACUCUGGGUUCUGCGGAUACCUCCUUACUUUCUUCUCCUUCAUCUUUGUCUUUCUUACUUUUCCUGUCUCGGUGUGGUUUUGUAUGAAGAUUGUCCAGGAAUAUGAACGAGCAGUUAUUUUUCGUUUGGGACGACUCCUUGGCGGUGCUAAAGGACCUGGUUUGUUCUGGAUUAUUCCAUGUGUGGACACAUUUCGGAAGGUUGACUUGAGGACAGUGUCUUUUGACAUCCCUCCUCAAGAGGUGCUGACCAAAGACUCUGUGACUAUCAUGGUGGAUGCGGUGGUCUACUAUCGCAUCUUUAACCCCACUGUCUCCAUUACCAAAGUGGAGAAUGCUAAUCAUGCCACGAAGAUGCUUGCGCAGACUACGUUACGAAACAUGCUGGGAACUAAAAGCCUGGCAGACAUCUUAAAAGACCGUGAGGAGAUGUCAGAUCAGAUGGAGGCUGUGCUGUAUGCUGCUUCCAAGAAUUGGGGUAUCAAAGUGGAACGGGUCGAGCUUAAAGAUGUCAAACUGCCCACCUCUUUGCAGAGAGCCAUGGCAGCUGAAGCAGAGGCCACCAGAGAUGCCCGGGCCAAGGUGAUUGCAGCAGAGGGAGAAAUGAAAGCCUCACGUGCUCUGAAGGAGGCAGCAAACGUGUUGUCAGAGUCUCCGUCAGCACUUCAGCUGCGCUAUAUGCAGACACUGACUGAGAUCGCCUCGGAAAGGAACUCUACUAUUGUUUUUCCUCUUCCUAUAGAUCUCAUCUCUGGUUUCAUGAGAAGGUGACCUCAUAUUUUAGGAAUAUAUUAAUAAAUAUGUUCAAAUAUCUCUGUACAGACAUUAUAGCUAUGCCAUCUCUUAAAAUACGCAUUGCUUUAACUAUAGGCUAAAAAUAUUCUGUUUAUAUUAUAGAUGAUUCGAACUUUGCAUCAAAUAUUUCAUGUGUCCUACACUCUCUGAUGAAAAACAUAUAUUUAAAAAUUAAAUUGUUCAAAAUGUUCUUUUGUAUUACGUUAUUAAAUAUAUCAAAUAUUAUAACUAAGUUCUUAUAUUCUA